UAAUAAUCUCAUACCACUAACCAAACCCCGAACCAUUUAAAAUUUAUCGAACGGUCGAAUUUCAUUUCCAAGACGACGCCGUUCGUCCGAACCUCUCUUCAUCAUUUCGACACAGUGAGCCAAUUUAGAUGAAAAUGGAGAAACUGGAGCGUCAUAAAAUCGUCAAGAGACGAGUUUUCUUGAUUUUCAAGUGAUUUCAUUCAAAAUCCUGAUUUGAAAAAUCAUACAUGAAGAUGAUUCUCAAGACUAAAGAUCACUGGGCUUUUUUGGAUGAGAUUGAGGCACCAAUGUGGGUCGAUCUUACCUUAGAAGAAGCUAAAUCUGAUAGCCAAGACUGUGAUGAUGAGUGGUUCUACACAAGCCACCUGUUCCACCAAUUUUCUUCUCGUCAGUUAAAGGCUGCAUUUGCUCAUGCUGGUGAGGAGAGUUUAAAUCCAGACUUUGGCUUAAGGGGAACUUCUCCGAAGCUUCCAUCCUCUGUAUCAAGAUCUAGAGGUAAGGACUAUAGGAGCAAGAACUGGAGAAGAGACAAUCAUGAUGUCUCAUUGAAUAAACCACACCCUGUCAAGCUUUUAAGUGGGAAGUCUUCAUUAGUGGGUUUAGGAUCUGGUAAGAAGAUGAAACCUAGGCCAAGCUUUAUGAAGCCAAAUUCUUUACAAGUUGGUUUGGGAUCCACAGAGGAAAUAAAACCCAAACUGAGCUUUGUAAAUUCAAAAGGAACGUCCAAUUUGAAAAGAAGUUUGGUUUGUGAGAGGAGUUCAAUUAGUAAUGCCCAGGGAAGCUCUUGGAUACCUAUAUCAGUUUGUGAGGGUUCAGAGAACAGUUCAAGCUCUACGGUGGAUAAGGGAGGUGAAAGCAAUCCAGGAAGCACAGUUACAUCUGAGAGUAAUUUGCUAGGUCAGCAAAAGUUCCUUGAGGUAUCAAGUCGAGCAUUUGGUCACACAAGUGACCUACUAUCAGCAGUAAGGAUUACUCUUAGGAAAAGUUGUAUUACGAGACAAGCAUCAAGAGUGGAGACAAAUAGUGAUCGGAAGCAGUCAACAGAGACUAAAGAUGAUAGGAGGCAGUCAAAGAUAGAGAUCAAUAAAGAAGGAUGUGAAUCAAGAGACCGUAAAUCUUCUUCAAGCAAGUCUAGUGUGGGGUCAUCUUCAGUCCCUGGCUUGGAUAGUAAGAGUUCAGAAUUUAUAUCAACCAGGAAAAAAGAAAAAACCCCAGAUAGUAGACAUGUGACAAGAAUGAGUGAAGCACGGGCUAUCAGAGUGGAUGUCCCUAAUGUGUCCAAGGAUUCUACUGUUCAAUUUAAGGAAGGAACUAUGAACUCUAUAAGGGGAGAUAAGACUUCUGUUGCAAAGUCAAAUUAUAAGCAAAUGACAAAAUCAAAGGUGAGGACCAUACAAACAGUCCCUGGUUUUGAUGGUAAGAAGAGUUCAACACUUAUAUCAACAACAAGAAGGAAAAAAGAAAAAACCCUAGGAAGUAGACAUGUGACAAGAAUGAGUAAAGAACAAGCCGUCAGAGUGAAUGUCCCUAAUGUGUCAAAGGAUUCCAUUGUUCGAGUUAAGGAAGGAACUAUGAACUCUAUAAGGAGAGAUAAAAUUAUAAUUACAAAUUCGAAUUAUAAGGAAAUGGCAAAAUCAAAGGUUCAAUCUCUUCAUGCCAAAUCUUCGCUGCCGCUUAGAGUUAAUGAACAGAAGUCUUCUUCUGGAGAUAUGAAAGCUAGAGAGAAAGUGGAAUUGGGGGGUCUCAACAGAAUGGUGGGUAGCGGAAAAGAGAAUUCAACAGUCAGAGUGUCUGCAAGUCAGAAAUGCAAUGACAGGAAGAAUCCUUCUGGAAGUAUUAGGGGUCCAACUGGUACAAAACAUAAUGUACCACAAAAAAGUAAUACAAGAGUAUUGGCUGGUCCAAAGGUAAAAAUCAGUGAUCGAAGUGAAGGGAUGAAUGAGAGGGUCUACAUCAGAUGAGGGAGAAUAUAUAUGGUUUUAAUAGCACAAUGGAAAAAGCUGGAGUUAUGUGAGGCAAAUGGCUGUGUUUCAGCUUUUAUCCCAGUAUUUGGUGGUAAAUUUUGGUCACUUCUUUGACAAAGCUGAGACCCAGAUGAUUUUUCUUCACAUUUUUUUUGUUAAUGUUUCCAUACAAACUCCUUGAACUUGGAAUCAUACAUGAAAUCUUUCCUCACAGCUUUCAAGGAUUUCAUAUUCUUUUACUUGGCAGCUUUAUAUCUCAACUUCUA